GCGGCAUGACGGGAAGGACGCGGAGCCAUUCCGGCCCGAAACAUUUCGACUUCCACGAUGGCCAACGCACUGCUCACCCGCGAGCACGCUAUCCACCUAGAUGCAUUGGACUCACUUGGGUCGCUACGCGACCAGUUCCAACUGCCUGAAGGCAACAUCAUCUACCUUGACGGAAACUCGUUGGGAUUCCUUCCACGGGCCACAGCUCCUCGCUUGGAUCAAGUCGUGACACAAGAGUGGGGUCAAGGGCUCAUCCGGAGUUGGAACAAUGCGGGUUGGAUCGGUCUCUCACGUCGAAUUGGCGACAAAAUUGGCUCCGUUCUUCUUGGUGCUGGCCCAGGCGAAUGUGUCGUGACCGACUCGUUGUCUAUCAAUCUGUACAAAGUGCUCAUGGCUGCUGUUGACCUUGCCAUCGAGAAAGAUCCGUCGCGCACCGUCGUCCUCACUGACCGCGACAACUUUCCCUCGGACCUGUACAUUGCGCAGUCCGUCGUGUCGACUCGACAUGGAAUGCAAGUCCUCACCGUCACCCCCGACGCCCUGUUGACUACACCUUCGCAUCUGUCAUCUUCUGUCGCGGUUCUGCUUCUCACUCCCGUGGACUACCGCACAGGCCGACUCCUGGAUAUGCCGUCCCUGACUGCCGCUGCCCACGCCGCUGGAAUCCUCGUCAUUUGGGAUCUCGCCCACAGUGCCGGCGCUCAUCCCGUGGAUGUCCAUGCCAUGGAUGCCGAUUUUGUCGUCGGGUGCGGUUACAAGUACUUGAAUGGCGGCCCCGGGGCUCCUGCAUUCGUUUGGGUUCACCCGCGUCUUGUACAUCGGUGCACUCAACCCUUGUCGGGAUGGCUGGGGCAUCAAAACCCAUUUGCGUUUGCUCCCGAGUACACGCCAGCCGACGGCAUCCAAAGGUUUGUCUCAGGGACGCCGUCCAUCUUGGCGCUGACAGCGUUAGAGUGCGGCAUCGACACCCUGGCGGCGGCAACGCCUCUGGGGGGCAUGGUGGCCCUGCGAGAAAAGUCGCUGCACCUCACGUCGUUUUUCCUGGAACUAGUCGAUGCAUGGAUCAUCGGACACGAAGGAAUGGAGACAAUUACUGUCGCGACGCCGCGCGAUCCCCAACAUCGAGGAUCCCAAGUCAGUCUGCGCCACCCAACCGAUGCGUAUGCAAUUGUUCAAGCGCUGAUUGCUCGGGGUGUCAUCGGCGACUUCCGAGCACCGGACAUCAUGCGCUUUGGCUUCACGCCGCUGUACACGCGGUUCGUCGAUGUUUUCGACGCAACCGCUGCCCUCGUUGACGUAUUGCGCACAGAGGCGUACAAAGACCCUGCGUUCCAAACUCGCCACACUGUCACCUAGUUGAAUCCGUUUGCCAACCAAAGUACAUGUUCCAUG